AUGUCUGGAGAAAACUUGAAUAAAUCGAUGAGUGCUGAAAGGGUUGCUGGGUCGUUGUCCGUAGGUCAUGGCGUAGAUCAUGGUUCUCGUAAACGAGCUCGUUCUAUUUGUUUGAAGCAAAAUUUUUCUCGACUUUUGUACCAGAUGGUUAUUCGUCAGCUGCAUCAUGAUGGUUUUCUUGCUGCUGCAUCCGCUGUCGCAGACGCUACUAACGUUGUUGUUCCGAGGCUGGAGGAAAAUGCUGAUCGAUUGUCGAAGGUGGUUAGUUGGGGUCUCGCUGUGGAGGAGAGCAGUGUGGUUGAAAUUGAGAACUUCUUCAAAUUUGAAGUUGUUGAGCGAUAUUUGAGUGCAUCGAGGGUAUAUAUGCCGCUACACCUAUCAGAGAGUGCAAGGGUGGGAUCCAUGGCGUAUCGUAUGCGAGAGCGUUUUAUUACCUCAUCUCUAGGUGGUGUUGUUCGACGUCUGGCAUUUUCUUCGGAUGGUUCGCUUAUUGCAUGUGGGGGAACUGAUGGUCUGUGUGCCAUUUUUUCUUUGAAUACAAUUGAGGAUCUCAGUGCCCUUGAAGAAGUGCGGCAGGAGCAGCACUUUAACGGACUUGAUGGGAGUAACCCUAGUAAUAUUGGGGUGGGCAACGCAAGCAACAAAAUUACGGAGCUCGCUGAGGCCCGUCGCUUUCAUGAACACACGCACUCUGUGGAGGCUAUUUCCUUUCAUCCAACCAAGCAGCUUCUUGUCACUGGAGGUUUCGAGGGAGAUUUGUACAUUCGUGACUACAGUCAACCAGACAACCACGUUGUACACAAAUUACGUGAUGCUUUUCCUGUACGUUCCGCCGUUUUUCAUCCCUCUGGAGAAUACGUGCUGUACGCUACAGAUCACACCACGCCAAGGCUUCUGAACCUCCGGAGUGGAUCAGUGGUGGCCCCUGUGGCACACUCCGAUAACGCUGCAGCAACCUGCGUAACCGCGAUGGCAGGAGGAAAGGGAGUAGCUCGUGGUGCUUCUCAGAGGAAAGGCUGUGACGCAGGCCACGCGGCUGCUCUAUGUGACGUGGAUUUUUCUCCCGACGGCCGGACCUUCGCCUCAUGCGGUCUAGACGGAUCACUGAUUGUGUAUGACGGAGUCAGUAGUCGCAUUGUGGCGAAGGUAAACAAUGCACACUCAAGUGUUCCGGUAACCAGCGUAAAAUUUAGUCGAACUGGUAAUAUUCUCCUCACCGCGGGCAUGGACUCAGUUGCUCGGCUGUGGGACCUGCGGCGUGGGGAUGGUGGGUGGGGCUGUACAGAAGUUAUGUCGUUCGGCGAGCCUGGAAAAUGUAAUCACCGCAGCUUCCGUGCUUCUUUCAGCUGCAACGAAAGCCACGUCCUCUCCCAGGACACUUCCCUGUUUGCCAUUCACGCACACUGCGUCUACACAGGGGAUACCUCAUACACACUUACGGUGCCCAACCACAUGCAGCGGGGCUUUGCCCCUGCGCCUUUUAGUAAUGUAGUCGUUAGCGGUGGCGACGACUCACGUAUGCGGCUAUGGACACCGGCAUGGACCACGGCGUGA